AUGAGUCACCGGUCUGACACCCUCCCUGUGCCCUGUGACUAGAUGAGGGACCAGGUCCUCAAAAGCCAGAGCACCUACCCUCUGCUGCUGGAGAUGACGCUAUGCUUACAGCAGACCGUGAAGGAGCACUUCCUGGCGCUGGAAGAAUGGACGGAUGCUCUAGCCAUUUGUGAGCAGAAAGCCCUUCUGGGCUGCUUGGCAUGCCAGAUGGUCAACCUCCUACAGUUUGGGGCCCCGAGAGGUCUGGGGCUCACAGUGCCUCUCCCUUCCCUGGACUCUAGUGAUGAUGUCAGAGGCGGACAGGGGGACCAAGUGUCCAAGCAGCCUGACCAGCGGAUGCCCCAACUGAGUGAUUGUGAAGCUGCCUAUGUCAGCCAUGACCUAUCCAACCGUGGGGUUGACAUCUCUAUUUUGUGCCAGUCGGGCUUCCGAGACCACAAUGCCUACCAAGGAGACAAAUUCCAUGAGGACACCAUCUUGGGCUUCAUUAACCUUGGCACCAGUGAGAACAAGCUCUGUACUGAUGUGAUGAAUGAGACAUUGAGUCAAAGUGACAUGAGCUACACAGAUGACGUCCUGCUGUGGUAUCCCGAUUUCAAAGGACAGCCAUUCCUGCUGGAAAAAGUAGCCCAGUUCCUGACUCACUACUGCCAUGCCCCUGCCCAGCUUGAUCCAGAACAGGUGGUUGUUCUAAAGGGCUGCUGCUCUGUGUUCUCUGCCCUGGCCACGGUUCCGUGUGAUCCAGGGGAGGCCUUUCUGGUUCCCACACCCUUCUAUGGUGGCUUCGCCUUUAGCUCCUACCUGUAAGAGAAAGUGGAGCUGAUUCCUGUCCACCUGGAGAGCGAGAUCACCAACACAAGCAUCCAUCCUUUCCAGCUCACUGUGCACAAGUUGGAGCAACCCCUGCUUGAAGCUAGGCUCAAGGGGAAGAUCAGAGCCCUUGCACUGACCAACCCUCAGAAUCCUCUGGGUGACAUUUACUCCCACGAUUCACUGGAGGAACUUCUGACAUUUGCCAAGAGGCACAACCUACACAUAAUCUUAGAUGAGAUUUACAUGCUGUCUGUGUUUGAUGAAUCCAUCACAUUCCACAGCAUGGAAAGGUUGCCUGAUCCCAAUAAGACCCAUGUGAUCUGGGGCGCCAGCAAGGAUUUCGGCGUCACUGGCUUCCGCUUUGGUGCCCUGUACACCCACAGCAAGGAGGUGGCCUUUGCCAUGAGUGCCUUUGGCUAUCUCCACAGUCCCUCUGGAAUCACCCAGCACAAGCUGGGUCAGCUGCUUCAGGACACAGAAUGGAUUGACAAGGUGUACCUGCCCACGAACUGCUCCCGGCUGCUGGCAGCUCACAAGUACAUCACCGACAAGUUGAAGGCUCUGAAGAUCCCUUUCCACAACUGUGGAGCUGGCUUCGAUGUCUAGAUUAACUUGAAAAAGUACCUGUACCCAUGUACGUUUGAGGAAGAACUGCUUCUCUAUCGCUGCUUCCUGGACAACAAGCUGAUUUUGACCCGUGGCAAAGCCUACAUGUGUAAAGAGCCGGGUUGGUUCCGCCUUGUCUUUGCAGACAAGUUCCCCCUGCUAGAAGUGGCCAUGGAUCGGUUCUGUCAGGCACUGUGGGAGCAGAAGGAGAAAGUGGUAGUGAAACAGCUGGAAGAGGCAAUGAGGGAGUAG